AUGAUUUUAGCCCGUACGUUGCCUUUGGCUCUCCUCGGCGCCCUCGCAAGUGUCCUGUGUAGAGCAGAAGAUGUUCACAACGUCGCCAUCAUCGGUUCACAUGUAUUCCUUCACGAUAUUGCCGGAGCUGGAGCUGCUGGGUCGUCAGCAGCCUUCCAUCUGUGGCAGUAUGCUAUAGAAGAAGAUAUUGCCAUCAAUAUCACUAUCUUUGAGAAGACGGAUCGCAUCGGAGGCCGUACAUUGACGGUCCCCGCGUAUAAUGACCCUUCUCUGCCCAUCGAGCUCGGCGCGUCUAUCUUUGUUGGCGCCAAUCAUAUUCUUGCCAACGCCAGUGAACGCUACCAUCUCCCAGUGAGCGAGCCCCACCGCCUUCAGAAGGAUGAUAUGACUGUUAUAUGGGAUGGCUACGAGUUCGUCUUCCAGACGACCGAGGGAUCUUGGGGAUGGUGGGAUCUGGCCAAGAUGUUUUGGAGGUAUGGGCUCGCACCCUACAAGUCCAAACAAAUCGUGGAUGCCAUGAUCGAACAUUUUCUCAAGCUAUAUGAAGCCCCUUACUUUCCUUUCAAGUCGCUUACGCAGAGAGCCGAACAAUUGGGUUGGAAUGAGGUUACAAGUAUAACGGGAGAACAGAUGUUGAAGCAAAACGAAAUCGAUCCUCGUUUCGCCCGCGAGAUCUUACAGGUUGGCACCCGGGUCAACUAUGCUUCAAACCUGGCUUACAUCCAUGGUCUGGAGACUCUAGUUUCGUUGGCAACCGACAACGCCAUGUCUGUGGAAAGCGGUAACUGGCGUAUCUUUGAGCAUAUGGUGAUAGAGAGCGGAGCUUCUAUCUCUCGCAACACGACCGUGGCUUCAAUCGAAAAGGUUCAGAGGAAAACACAGUCAUCUUCACCAAGGUAUGUCAUCACAACGAAAGAUGCUAGCUCAAAGGACGACACUGCAAAAGAAUAUGAUGUCGAGUUUGACAAUAUCAUCAUCGCCAACCCCUGGCAGUUCAGUAACAUAAAGGCUGGAGAGGGUGUCCUCGAUCACAAAAUCGAUGAGAUCCCCUAUACUAAACUCCACGUUACACUCUUCGCAUCACCUUUGGGGCUUAGUCCCGAAUUCUUUGGCUUGAAGCCCGGAAGCAAAGCGCCCGCUACUGUCUACACUACUCUUGGUGAAGACGAAGAACCAAGGAAAGGACCUGAGGGAGUUGGACGUACCGGCUUCUACUCUGUUAGUACAUUGAAAUACGUUGUCAAUCCUAAGACAGGUCAGAAGGAGCGUGUCUAUAAGAUCUUCUCGCCCACACCCAUCACUGCCGACUUCCUCACACGUCUUUUGGGCACCGAUAUUCCAGACUCUGUAAUUUCUGGUAAGGUACAGAAUGGUACCAGCACAUUCGAGCCUAUAUCUUGGUAUCAUCCUCAUUUAUUCAACUCUUACCCCGUUGAGCUUCCUCGUGUCACAUUUGAGGACCCUCUUAUUGGCGAGGGUGUAUACUACACGUCUGGUAUUGAGAGCUUCGUGUCAUGCAUGGAGACCAGUGCUUUGAUGGGCAAGAACGUGGCUCGGCUGGCUGUGGAUAAGUUUGCUGGUAUUUCUCGCCCCGAACCACCGAAUGAAUGGAUAGGAUAUGAAGCCGUUGAGGAAGAGGCGGAGGGCAUUCAUGUUCAGGCUGAAGGUGAACUUUGA